AUGGGGCCCAGAAUUAGCAACGCGAUGAAAAAGGAUCAUCGAGAGAUUGAGUCAUACUAUGACAAGAUCAUCAACGCCUCGGAUAAAGAUGAGCAGACGCGUUUCCAAAACCUCUUCACUUGGGAACUAGCUCGACACUCCAUUGGAGAGGAACUGGUCGUUUAUCCUAUUUUCGAAAAGCUGCUUCCUGGUGGCGUCGAGAUGGCGAAUAAAGACCGCAAGGAGCAUUUAAAGGUCAAAGAGCAACUGAAGGUAUUUCAGAACAUGACACCUUCAGAUCUAAAGUUCAUUCCUACCAUUAAAGAGCUGAUGGAGAAUCUGUCCGAGCAUAUCAAAGAGGAAGAGAACGACGACUUGCCCAAGCUGGAAGCAGCUUUAUCCGAAGAAGAUAGCGAGAGCUAUGCCAAGAGUUUUGGCCGGACAAAAAUGUUUGUUCCUUCGCGUUCUCACCCUAGUGCACCAGACAAACCCCCAUAUGAGACUGCGGUGGGGCUUCUGGCGGCACCAAUCGACCAUCUCGCGGAUCUGUUCCGCAAAUGGCCUGAUACUGCUGGAAUGCCCAACCCAUCAACAGAGUGA